GUUUUCAGGGCCUGGGCGAUGACUUUAGCACCAGACACCUGCUCCUCGCUGCGCUCUGCGAAGUUACUGUCCGGCAUCUUCCACCGAAAAGCUCUAGGUACUCAUGCAGCCGACAAACAAGCGGAGUCACCCAGCAAGGCAAACGCGAAAACGGCGGCACGCCCCCUGUGGUACUGCACCUCUGACGGACAGGAGGGCAACCAACUCUCUUAAACAACCAGAAGGAAGAGGCGGUCUAAAUUCGUCCACUCCCCGGGAGAGGUCAGAAUGUAAACACGCGCGUUCUCCAAUCAGAACUGCGCUCUCUUCCCGGCUCCUGCAUUUGCGCGCCAGAGUGCCAGAGGGAGGCGGGACUAGCAGGAGACUGCUGCCUCGGCAAAGCAGGUAAGAAGCCGAACUGUGAAGCCUCUCGCCAUUGUCUUGGAGUCGGCCAGCCGGAGCGUUUUCCGGGCUGUAAAGGGAGAGUAGCGCAUGCGCGUAUUCGGGGCGGAAGGCGCGCUAAGAGCAGAUUUACGGUCUGCAUUAUGUCUGGAGUCAGAAGUAAGCUUGCUCUUUUCCUCUGCGGCUGUUACGUGGUUGCCCUGGGAGCCCACACCGGGAAGGAGAGCAUGGCUGAACAUCACGAGGCUGAAUAUUACGUGGCUGCCGUGUACGAGCAUCCAUCCAUCUUGAGUCCGAACCCUCUGGCUCUCAUCAGCCGCCAGGAGGCCUUGGAGCUCAUGAACCAGAACCUUGACAUCUAUGAACAGCAAGUGAUGACUGCAGCCCAAAAGGGUGUACAGAUUAUAGUGUUUCCAGAAGAUGGCAUUCAUGGAUUCAACUUUACAAGAACAUCCAUUUAUCCAUUUUUGGACUUCAUGCCGUCUCCCCAGGUGGUCGGGUGGAACCCAUGCCUGGAGCCUCGCCGUUUCAAUGACACGGAGGCAAGUUACAAGGAAGAUAGGUUUUAACUGGAAGGUUCUCUGGUGACCUUGGAAGAACAAGGAAACCCAGUCACAUGCUCACAAUCCAUCUCUACAACUUAGACUGCGCUGGUAUACUCUCGGUUCAACGUACUUGUCCUCUGAAAUCACUGAAAAAUUUUAAGGAAUUAUCACUGAAAAUAAAGUUUUUGCAAAAUGUCCUUUUGAGAAAUCAUGAAUUAAAUGGCUUAUCACAGAUCUAAAUUAUCAGAAGCAUUAGAUAAGAAGCAUGUUCCAGGGACCAUGAGUUUUAGCUGAAGUUUGUUGCUCAUCUGAACCAACUGCCUAAUUUUCCCUGGUGGUACUAUUUAAAAACUUAGUCCAAAAUCUUCCAAUCUCAAACUUUCCUCUUCCUAGUAGAGGUAAGACACAGCACAAAAUGAACAUUUUUUUCCGGAAAAAAAACAACAACAAAAUUUAAAACAAAUCUACUUAAAGAGUACUUGUUUAUUUAGAAUAUUCCCAGUAUUUUGAUGUUCUCAUCUGAGAACAUACUUUUUAAAGAAACAAUUUUAUUAGAUUUUUUUCACUUAUCCAGGAAUUAUGUUCUUUUAUAGAAGGCAGUAUUUCCUUUUGUAGGUUUAUUCUCUCUCUCUCUCUCUCUCUCACUUAUAACCUACAACUUGGCUGGAAUAAGAUGAAAAAACGUAUUCUGCCACCCUGGACCUUUUUUCGCAAACAACUCCUGUUUUGUUUUCUAUUUUCUGGUAGCCCAGAAUUAAUACAAGAGGAACAAAGAUAAGAGAAAACCUGCCAAGACCAGCUAUCUUUUUCUUAAAGAAAUAAAAAUACUAUUAACAUACCCUCCAGCUGCAGCUGCAUGUAGACAAGUCCUGCCAAAAUCAUCUGGGGUAUCUAUAUCAAAUCCUACAAGAAUGAAUACAUCUUAUUUAUAACAGACAUAUUAUUUUACACUAAAGAAUUAUGUCAUGAAAUGUCAAGAAUCACGUCCUCCCCUCUAAUCCCAAACAAAACUAUGGGUUCUGAAGUGCUAGGGUGCCUGUUUAAAAGCAAUAGGAUACAAUGGAGUAUUAUUUAGCAAUAAAAAGAAAUAAAGUACUGAUACUGAUACAUGAAUAACCCUUGAGAACAUUAUAUUAAGUGAAACAAGCCAGUCACAGAAGAUCACAUGUCGGGUGAGUCAAUUUAUAGGAACUGUUCAGAACAGGCAAAUUUUAUAGAGAUGGAAAGUAGAUUAGUGGUUGCCUAGGGCUGAGGGAAAAAAGAAAUGGAGAUUAACUGCUAAUGGUCUUUCUUUAACAGGGGAUGAAGAGGUUUUUUUGUAUUUUUUUUUGAGACAGAGUCUCACUCUGUCUCCUAGGCUGGUGUGUGCAGUGGCGCAAUUUCGGCUUACUGCAACCUCUGCCUCCUGGGUUCAAGCGAUUCUCCUGCCACAGCCUCCCAAGUAUCUGGGAUUACAGGUGCUCACCACCAUGCCCAGUUAAUUUUCCUAUUUUUUUUUUUAGUAGAGAUGGGCUUUCACCAUGUUGGCCAGGCUGGUCUUGAACUCCUGACCUCAAGUGAUCUACCUGCCUCGGCCUCCCAAAGUGCUGGGAUUACAGGCAUGAGCCACCAUGCCAGGCCUGAACCCAACAUCUUCUAAAAGGGGUUAUUAAAUUAUCCAUACUGGACCCAUCUGCAUGUAAUUUUUAAAAAGAAGGAUAAAGAGACCAUCUUAAAAUUUUGAGGGGUUUGAGGAGACAUACAAAAGUCUGCAAAGGUUGCUCUUACCUGAAGAAAGAAGUUUUCUGCAGCAAUCUGAAAAGCCGCUUAAGGCUGCCAAAUGGAGGGGGAACAUUCCAUGUAUGCCACGCCUAAAGUUAAUAGAACAGGACAGUAUCUUCAUUUUAAUACAAGAAAAAUACAAUCAGUUAAAUACAUUACAAAAAGACCACUUAAGUGAAAGAUAACUAAGAGUCAAAAUGUCUAACACUUUGGAGAGUAAUUUGGCUAAAGGUUGAUGGUAGGCAUAACUUAUUACCCAGCUAUUUCUCUCCAAAAGUCGGGUUUUCCACCUUCAGCACUACUGUCAUUACGGACUUUGCUGCGGAAAUGUGAGAAGUCAUUCUGUGUAUGCAGGCUUACAGGCUGUUCAGCAGCAUCCCUAGGCUCUACCCAAUGGAUGUCAUUAACAUUAACACCUUCCUCCCCAAAUUGUGACAACCAAAAAUGUAUCUAGACAUUUGCUUAGAGAGUAAAAUUCACUACCCUGUCACCCCACCUUUGAAACAUUUCCAUAAUGCAAUAUGUUCAAGAAUAUUUAUUGCAGUAAUUCUGUAAUAGUGAAAAACUAUAAGCAACUUGUAUCUGCAAAUAAGGAGAAUGAAUAUACUGUGAAAUCUUUAUAUGAUAAUUCUAUAAAAUAAAU